AUGUCGUUCGAGGGUCUGCAGGAGCGCCUCACGGCCCUGCAAGAGACCACGUCCCAGCUCAAGGAGCUCAUCGACCGGUUACAGAACCUCAAAUUCCAGCCCGGCUCGGUGCCGCUAGGAGCGGACGAGGACAGCACCGUCAGCGCGGAGCUGAGCUCCGAGAUCAGCCAGAUCCUGAGGGAAGAGGAGGAGGAGCUGGAGCUCUUGGGGGAGGAGGUCGAGGAUCUCAGGGCGGGACGGCCGGGGAACGAGGCCGAGCACACGAAGACGAGGCUCAAGGAUGGGCUGGAUAGGUUGAGGCAGGAGCUUAAGAGCUCCCGAAUCACGUUCCGCAAGGCACAGCUCACGGCGAAGCGCAACCUUUCGCAAGCGCAGCGCCUCGAGCGCGAACUGCUCCUGCAGUCGUACUCGCAACCCGUAUCCGAAGUGUCCUCCCCGUCGCUCGGCGCGCAGAAGGCGCCUCUGCCCGAGGUGAUCCGGCACCGACAAGUCCGCCAGACGCGCGACGACUACAACACGAGCUCCCUGACGGAGGAGGACAAGCAGACGGUCGGGGCGAGCAGCAACGUGACGACGGCGCUGCGCGAGACUCACCAGCGGAUACAGGAGGAGCUGGCGAAGAGCGAGUUCGCGCACCAGGCGCUCGAGGAGUCGUCGCAGGCGCUGAAGCAGCUGAACGAGUCGUACGGCUCGCUGGACACGAUGCUCACGAGCUCGAGGGAUCUGCUAGGCACGCUUCUGCGGUCGCAGAAGAGCGAUACGUGGUAUCUCCAGACGGCACUUUACAUGUUGAUGGCAACGGGCGCGUGGCUGUUGUUCCGGAGGUUGUUGUACGGACCCCUUUGGUGGUUGGUCUGGUUGCCGCUGCGACUGAUGUUCAACAUCAGCAUCGGUAGCGGCCGCGCCGUAGUCAGGUACGCAGGCUCCGAAGGACAGGCGUCGGAGUCGGCGGUCGUUGGCGGCCAGGGAAAGAUUGACGUCGAGGGUCUACCGGAUGAGUCGCUGCCUACUGCGGACGUGCGCGAGCCGCAACGAUCGGCGGGCGUCGGUGGAGAUCCCGACUCUUUGGUAGAGAAGGUGGGUAAGAUUGUGGAGGAGAUGCCGGCAGAGAUCGGCGAGGAAACGACGACAGACGAUGGUGAUGCCGCCGACGAGAGUACGGAGGCUGUGGUUGACCCGGUGCCCAUUGAUGAUCUGAAGCAAGGGGUGCAGGAAGAUGUCAGACAAAGAGAUGAGCUAUAG